UAAACCAUAUUGCCAGUACGAGCCCUCUCCUACAAACAAAGAAUUGCCGCCAGAAAAUUUGCCUAAUAUAAAUUUGAAUUAUUUAAAAAAUAAUAAAAGAACAAUGAUGAAAAAAUGCAAGGCAAGUUCAAACCUACCACAAAAUGACGCACAUUAAACGAAAUAAAAUAACAUCUCACAAUAAGGAUACACGGUGGGAUCGUAUACGAAAGCGGCAUGGUAGUGGUAAUUCGGCUAAUCUUAAAUGCGAAACAGUUAAGCGUUUCAUAGAGAUCGACUAUGUGGGAAAGAAUCAACAAAACCUAAUGAAUGGAGCGAUUAAGCCUGAAAAUAAAUUGGAUCCUCUCUUGGUAAUGGAUUUAAGACAUGAAAUGUUCAAGCAAAUACCAAGAAAAUUACCCUUGGCUACGGUAGCUUUUUCGAAAAAUUUAGACAAAUGUAAAUCCCAUAAUGUCGUCGUGGAGGAGCGUUAUAUUGAAAAUCAAUUACAACAAUUUCGUCAACACUUACAAAAACAAAAUCAACGCAAUCGUCUUUGUGAAAAGAAAAUCAAUUCCUUGUUGAUCGAUAACCAAGGUAUAAUGGAUAGCUUGGAGACAUCACAGCGUCAUAUAGAGGAUUUCUAUAGUACGCCCAUUGAAGCAUUGCAGCAGGUAAAUGAUUUGUUCGUAAAUGAUUUUCAACUGGAAUUGAAAACAAUGGAAAGUGAAAUUGUUGUUCGUUCUGAAAACAUUCAGCUAGUGGAUCAAAAUCAAUCCAAAUUAGACAAUAAAGAAAUGGAAAAUGAUACUAAAGAGUUGGAACAACCAGUUGAUGAUAUUACAGCAAGAUUUCCCGAAAUCCUUUUGUUUGAUAAAAAUUACCAAGUUCUUUCAAAAAAUACUCGCGAGCGAACACCUAGUCCCCUUGCCAAUACAGACGAAGUUUUACAACCGCUGAAAGAGAAUCUGGAACAAAAUAAUGGCCUCCAUCUGCGCUGUGUACGAUUUGAUGAGGAUGUUAGCGUUUGCCAAUUUCAAAGAGAACAUUCAACUUGUUCCAAUACCAGUGAUGGUAUAGACUCCGUAAUAUCUGAACUAGCUGAGGAAGCUUUGAUGGAGCUACAACGGGAAGAAGAAAAUGAACAAUCCUUAAAUAUCUCAUCUACAUUGGAAGAUGGUACUCUACUUAAAAUCGAUUCUUUGGAUACAACAUUAUCAAUUAUGGGAUCCAACAGUUCCGCCGCAAAAACCAAUCCGAUUAGUAGACACUUAGUUGUUGAAGGAAAAAUACCAAACUUUAUUAAAAGACCAAGAGAUGAAAAUCCUAAAAAUAUUUUAUUUUCCAUAAGCUCUGGUUCUACGGAAGCACACAUGGAGGGGGAUGAUUUAUCUUCCAAUCAAGAACAAAAUAAAAUAAUUGAAGAAUUGUUUGAAAUAAAUGAUCACUCUCGAAUAACUGUAAUGCGCAGAUAUUUUCUUAAAUGGAUGCAUUUUACCCAUGUCGAGAAAAUCGAAAGGGAACAUGUUGAUGGACAUGCUGAUCGUGUAAGAAAAAUUAACAUAUUUUUGGAUAAAAUACGUAUGGAGAAAAGUCGUCGCAAAAAAUGUGAAAAGCUACAACAAGCCGGGGGAGAAGAUAGCGAGUUUACCUCUUCGAUAGCGCCCACAAAACAUAAUACCGUUGAAAACUUGAAAAUAAAUAAGAAAUAUCAAAAUAAAAUUAAAGUCCAACAGGACAUCAUCGAUUUGCAGCGUCUGAAAUUGGAACGUCAGGAACGAAUUAUUAUGGAACUCAAAUUAAGCAAAUUAUCGGAGGAAGCUAGAGAAGCCCGGAUGGAAUUGAAAACAGAAUUGAAAUCCGUUAUACGUUCGGGAGAUGCAAAAUCGAAGGCUAAAGCCAAAUGUCUGCAAUUGAUUGGCAAUCUCCGCGAUAAGGAAGACGAACGUUUAGCCAAUUUACAAUGUAAAGCUAUGCUGAUGCCCAAAUUUUUGCAAAGUAUGCAAGAAAGGGCACUAGAGCGAAGUAUAAAGCAUGAGCAGGCACGGCAACGCAGAUUGCAAAAAGAAGCCGAAAGAGAGGCACAGAAAAUGGCUCUGGAGGAAGCUAAGCGCCAAGAAGAUGAAGAAGCCAAGCGUUUGCGCAUCGAGGCCCUUAAGGAAAAAAGACGUCUAGAGAAGAUGGCUAAAAUCAUUAAAGAACGUGAGCGACAACGUUACAUAGAAAAUCAAAAAAAAGCUCACGAUUUCUAUAGACGCUUGCUUUUGAAACGCAUCGGCAUGGAGGGUUUUAAACGUUUGAUACAACGUAAGAGGGAUAAUAUACGAAAAUGCGAAGACUUGCGACAUUCUCUUUAUAAGAGAACCUAUUUUCAAGCUUGGUUUAGUAUCUACCGCAUUCUUAAAGCUCGUCGUUGUCAAAAGGCUGACGAUUUUUAUGAACAACUUUUGAAGAGAAAAUAUCUUCACUUUUGGCAAUUCUAUGCCGAACAGGAGCGAAGCAAAUAUCAUGUAGCCGUAGAUUAUCACGAAUUGAAAUUGACCGAAUCAAUGUUUGGCAAAUGGUUUGCUUACACUAAACGCAUGAAAAUGAUUGAAGAAACCAAAAUGAGACAGGCCACAAUGCAUCAUGAAUGGCAUUUGAAAUGGAAAGUAUUAGACUGUUGGCAACGUUUACCACAAAUAUUGCAGCUGGAGAAGGAAACCGAAGAAAGGAGACAACGUUGGCGUAUGAAAAUCUGGGAAUUACUUCCAGAUUAUACACCUAAUAGAGAUGAAUUGAAUUUUAUUUGAAAUGAUUUUAUCUAAAACAACUAAUAAAUUAUUUAUCAAGA